CCUGUUCUUCAUACAAAUUAAAAUCAAUCGCCACUAAUUAUUACUUAUUCCGAUAUAAAUAUGAAGUAUAGUGCACGAUCUUUCAGAGGACUUCUGCAAUCGUAUUUCAGGUCUGAACCAUGUGGGGCUUGCUAGUGCUAUUGGUGGCGGGAGCUCACGCCCUGAGACCUGAUGAUGCAGACAUACCACCUUACGUCCAAGCGCGAGCAGCCUUCACGCACUCCCGGCUGUACCUACAGGAGAGCGCACCGCAAGAGUCAAAAGACAUUACCAGCCCAUUGUCCCGGCGUCACGUCGCGUUUGGUAUCCUCGUUGCCGUGACGGGGACCAUUGCCGAGAAAUACGAAGAAGACGGCAAGGACAAGUAUCUGGACAUAAUGGACGAGCAGGUGCCGUACGCGUGGCAGAACUAUGAAACGGUGGCUAGAAACGUCAACCAGAUAUUAGCGGAGGCAAACGCUAAAAUCCAACCGAUUACCUCGCUAAUAGACGCAAUAUGCCGAAACUUGGAUAUAGAAAAGUGCAACAUUCAAGUCAAUGAAAGGAUCACAAAUUCCGACGCGUUCACCAAGCACCGGGCCAAGCUGCUCAUAGCCCUGGGUAGAGUCUCACAGAUCCUCACCAAACACGAAGAUGAACUAAACCAAGUAUCGAAAACCUUCAAGGUAGUGCCGUACUUAUUGCAGAAUUUCCAAACAAUGUCCUACAAUCAAUUCAUAAAAGAAUUGCACAACGUCUAUGUUAUGCUUCGCAAAUCUCGUCUUCGUCAUUAACAGCAUUUUGUGAAAAGGCUCGAAAGAGAAUAUGAAUAAAUCAAUAUGAAUCAUUCA